AUUCCAAACGGCUUAGGGAAGCGAGCGAGGAUGUGACGUAGUGCGGGAAAGGACGCCGACGUUCCGCUCCGGGCCGCGGCGGACGGGCGCGCGCUUGUGGCCAGCCAUGGCGUACUCGACGUUCCGCAAGGUGGCCCUGGCCUCUUGCUUGGUGCUGUGCGUGUCGCUGCUGCUGCCCAAGGUCUUCCUUUCGCGGGGCUGGAGGCAGCCGGAGCCCAGCGCUGCGCCGCCUACUCUGGUCGCCGCGCCCGAGGGUAAGAGGCCGUCCCGAAGGCCCCGACCGCCCCGAACCCCUUCCGCCACCUGGUGCGUCAAGGGUUGCCGGACUGAGUCAUGUGCAUGUCAGGGUCACAUCUGCACCCCCACCCCACCCCACGUAGCAGCUCCUGGAAACACAAAUAGGGGGGUAAUAUUGGGUGGGAUUGCUGUGCAAAAUGCCCACGCAUUAAAUCGCUUUCUCGAUAUUACUACGCAAGAUUAGAGGAAGGUGGGUGGGUGGGGAACCCCAAGGAUUUGCAAACCUAUGCACACACAAAUGCACCCAACCCCUUUUGCAGAGUUCACCCGUGCUGUUUUUUGCACGUGCUUUUUUUUCUUUCUUGCAGGUGAUUUUUUUCUUUCCCCUGCUCUUUCCGCACAGGAAUUUUGGAAAGCGGGGUGGCUGGAAGCUCAGGAUACAUGUAGCGGGAAGGUGAUCCUUGCUCAUUUAAUUUAGAUCGGUCUUAUUUGGGAUGAAAUGGACCAUUCACUGAAGAAAGUAAAUCGCAGUUCUAACUGCCUUGCCCUCGUUCGUUUUCACAACUAAGCUGUUGGGAAGUUCUGUCCGAUGUGCUGAAACUGCUUAAGAAGCUGGGUGAAUGGGCAUUCCAAGUGUUAAAUGCCAUCAGAACAGACAAAGGGAAGUGCUUCUUCACACAGUGCGUGGUUAAAUUACGGAAUUCGCUGCUGCAAAAUGUAGUGAUGGUCACCAACGUGGAUGGCUUUGAAAGGGGUUUAAUACAAAUUAAUGGAGGACCAUUUGUUCAAUGCCUCCAUUGUGCAACUGUAUCAUUUGCUAAGGAACACAAGUAAGGAGUGUGCUGUUGCACUCAUGUCCUGUUUGAAGGCAUUCCAGAGGCAUUUGGUUGCCACAGUGAGAACAAGAUGCUGGACUAGAUGGGCCUUUGGUCUGAUCCAGCAGAGCAAUGAAGCUAUUACUGAAGCUGCCCCUUGAGUCUAGGACUGAAUAAAAAAAAAGUGUGUGAGAGAAAGACUUCACCUUUUGACUAGUUGAUAUCUUGAUUGAAGGAGGUUCAGGUUAUUGUAUUCAGUGUUAGGAAACGUGCAGUUUUUUAUACCUCCAGGUUUAGCUGUGGCUAGCAAAGUUAAGAUUACGACUUUACCUUACCCGGCCUUUACCAUUGAAUUCACAGAAACUUUCUUCCAAGAUGACAUGCAUUUUAAAUUGUGUUCGUUUUUAAGCCAUCCCUUGAAAGCAUCAGUUUGCCAGCAUCUUGUAGUCAUCACAUUGUUUUUGUUUUUAUAAACUUCAAAAUUCCAUGUCCACCAAUUGUUUUGAUGUUUGUUACAUUGCUUUGGAUAUUUUAUAUGAAAUAAAAUAUAAUUUAAACUGUCUGUAUCAUUUUUUUGCUGCUUUCUGCCAUUUCUUUUCUUUUUUUCAAUUUCUGCCAGGCUUGGGGCAGAAAUGGUCACCAUUUGCAUUAUUUUUAAAGUGUCUUUCCUAAUGGAUAUCUGUGAUUGUACAUGAUGACCAAGGAUUUCUCAUGUGCAGAAAGAAUCUGCACUAGUACUGCAGUAUUUCUGCAACUUCUUGCCUUCCUUAAUGUGUAGCUGAUCUUACUUCUGAAGGCAUAACUGUACAUGUGGGGUGAUAAGAGCUUACCGUCCUUCCCUUAUUCAUUCUCACGCCAUUACGUACCACCCAUGUCACCUUUUAAAGUUGCACUUUUACUAUAGAGCUGCAGGCAAUGAAUGGUAGAAGUAGCAUUUCAGGUGUGUUUAAAUUGCCAGAAAAGAAGUACCCCAUCUCAGCUAUGUUAGCCUUGCUCUCUAAACCAUUCAUUAAGUACUUUUAAAUUGCUGCAGGAAGUGCAAAGCAUUUACCGAGUUGGAUUUGUUGCCACUUAGUCGCAAGUCUCACUGUGGCAGGAAUCAAGCUUCUCUGUCUUUCUGGAAUUCAAAGGGGGAAGUAUUGGCGUGGCCAUAUCCCAUGAAGUUUGGUGUGGAUGCUCAUUUUUAAACUGCAGGUUUUUUGUUACAAAUUAUGCUGUUUGUAACACACUCCUUUUAUUCAGCUAAAGCAGGGGUUUUCAACCAGUGUGCCAUGGCACCCUGGGGUGUCUGGAAUGAUGGUCAAUGGUGCCAUGGGCAACAGUGGCCUCUGUCCCUCUUUCCUUCCCUCCUUUGAUGCCCUCUCAUGUCUCUGCCCCUCAAAGACCUGUGCGGCUGUUUAUUGCAACAACUCUGGCCACAAGCUCUACAGGCGAAUGGUGCCUCUGGGGCUGGCCAGCGGGUGCUGGUUGCCCAGAGCUGAGGUGGCCUUGGAGUAAGCAAGCAAGUGGGUAACGGAGCCCAGCCAGCCCUUGCUGUUGGGAAUGGACAGACAAGUGGAAGGUUGGGCAGGCAGACAGGUGCUGUGCUGGCCUUUCUCGUACUUGCUGUAUGCCUGGGAGCUUAGUGCCUGGAGCCGAAGGGGAGCCUUUCCACCAUGCAGGCCCAGCAACUCCUGCUGUUGCCACUGCUACCUCCCAAGGUGAGUAAGAUGGUGGCUGCACAUUCACCAUCAGGCUGCUAAGGCUGGGGGCAUCUUUUUCCCAGGUCCCUGUGGGUCGGUGUGAGGAGGCACCUCUCUUUGGGGUGGGGUGAGCGUGUCUCAUGGACCAAAAGUGGCUGCAGUGGCUGCCCAGAGGACUUCCAAGGAGAUGAGAGGAGGCUGAGGGAACACUCCACAAGGGCUGGUGUUCAAAAAGAGGUAUAGGGCUGCUUACUCUGCAGGCAAGGGGUGACAUAACUGGGCUUCUGAGGCUCAGAGCACGUUUCCCCACAGGGAAAGAGUGUAGUUGGUCAAGGGAGCUGUGGACUCAAAAGGGUUCUUGAGCUAAAGCAAUGAAGAUAAUGUUUUUAGCAUUCUUGUUUCAGUUAAGUAAACAAAGCUUCUGUCAGGCUGAAUAUCUCACAUGAUAGUAUAAAAGUAGAUGGAUGUAGCAUUCCCUAAGCAUAAUAAAGUAAAUCCCAGUUAGGGAUAAAAGUAUAGAAAGUGUAUCCUGUUUCAUGACCAAGCAUGAUAUAUUGGCACAGGAGAAGGGAGCAGGUGGCGCUGUGGUCUAAACCACUGAACUUCUUGGGCUUGCUGAUCGGAAGGCCAGCGGUUCGAAUCUACACAAAUGGGUGAGCUCCUGUUGCUCUGUCCCAGCUUCUGUCAACCUAGCAGUUCAAAAGCACGCCAGUGCAAGUAAAUAGGUAUCAAUGCGGCGGGGAGGUAUUUCUGUGCACUCUGACUUCUGUCAGUGUUCUAUUCUGCCAGAAGCAAUAUAGUCAUGCUGGCCACAUGACCCGGAAAGCUGCCUGUGGACAAACACCAGCUCCCUCAGUCUGAAAGCUAGAUGAGCGCUGCACCCCCAUAGUUGCCUUUGACUGUACUUAACUGACCAGGGGUUCUUUACCUUUAUCUUUUUUGGGGGGGGCGGACACAGGAACAGUAAAUGCAGGGAUUUUUUCCCCAGCUGGAACUUGCUGAAACUCAGUUCUGACACCUCUCUGGUGGGCAUGGAGGUGGGGAAUGGGGUGGGUAUUGUCUAGAUGGAGCAGGUCUAGAUGCUUGUUUUGUCUGGCUCCCUCCUCAUAUAGUGGGUUAGUAACCCAUCUAGUACAGCCACAUGCAGCAGCCGUUUGUGUACAACUGCAAUUAAAAUCUUUGCACAUUCCCCUGUGUAUCAGAGUAUUGGUGUUGAAUUAUGCAGGGCCACAAAAUAAAUGGAAGGCCAAGUUGGGAGAACUUUUACAGAUCAAUCAUGGAAUCACUGAGCACGCGGUACUUUCAUAAAUCUUCUUGAAGUCACAACGAGCAGAACUUUACUGAUGACUGAUGGGGCAGAAUCAGGAGGUUCUCCUGGCAAAAAGUGACUCCUGAGCUAUGGCAGGCCAGGCUCUGUAGGGCCAUGGUUUUGUUGCCAGGUGUAUCCAGGAAAAUGGCGGUGGGGUGGGAGGGUAGACUUAGAUAUCUACCAAGGAACUUAUAUGAACCUGUCUUGGAACCCCAAUGUCUUGUAGAGGCAUCUGGGAAAUAUUCUGUAGUGUAUGCAACAUCAUGUGGACUAGAGCAUUAGCCAGACCUGUCAGGACCUCCCUGAUCCCCAGUUGAACUGAAAGGUAAGGUUUAAAGCACAGUGGAAAUUAUCCUGCAGCUACUCAUUGCAGGGGGACACUGGUAGUGGUGAGUCAGCUGUCUUAACGUGCUCGUUUGACAUUCCUGGAUUUUGAUAAAAGCUCAGUAAGCUUCUGAGGAACCCCAAGAUUUCCCUAAAUUGUAGUUCAUCAGUGGUUAAGGAAUAAGUAUAUACACUGUAGUGCCUUAAAUGUCAGGUGACUUUUCUGCAGCCCCCAUAUAGUUUUGAAUUACAGUGUCUGUCAAAAUCUGCAUAAAAUAGAAUACAAACUGGUGUGGUUCAUUCUGGCAAGGUAUGCAUGUCAACUUAGCUGGCAGUGUUCCAUCUUGGCAAACUUUGGUGCCAUAGCAACCUCCCAUUAUUUUUGAUUAAUCUCUUUUAGCUUGAGGUCGCAUUCACCCUCCAGGAGCGGCAUACAAGUGGUGAAGUUUGCCCAAAGUGCACCACCACACACUGUCAGAGACACACAGCUCCCCCUCCUUAGUUGAUUUGUGGAGAUCAGUUGAGAAAGGGGCUAUUGCUCCCCCUCCACCCAUCAAAUGACAGUUUGCAUCCCCAUAAAGACAUUGGGCUCUGCUAUCCUGUCCCUGCCCCAGACUGUGGCUACUUUUUCUUUUUGCCGCUGCCACCAAAAUUGAUGGGUUCCUGAGGCAGGCCUAAGAAGCUGGAUUAGUUCCUCAAACCGGUUGUUUAGGUGUUCCCACUUUGUGCCUUUCAACAUACAUUGUUAUCCAGUACUCAUUCAAUUGGAUUCUUGACAGUAAUUAAUAUGUCAAUUACCAUAUGUUAAAAUUGCCGUAUGGUUUCUGAUGAUGGGGACUUAUUGAUAGAAAUGUCAAACAGUCAUUGUUAUAUGUGCAAUCUCGUGUGAAAAAAUAGGGGUGUAUGAACACCUUAUUAAGGACUCCUCUAUGAAGUUUACUAUACAGCGGAAAGGAGCAGCCAAGCAUACUAGGACUCAAUUUCUUGACUUUAAGAAAGCCGACUUCAUAAAACUUAGGGAAGUGCUGGGUGAGAUCCCAUGGACAGUAAUACUAAAAGGAAAGGGAGUUCAUGAUGGCUGGGAGUUUGUUAAGAGGGAGAUAGUAAAAGCACAACUUCAGGCCAUACCAAUGAGACGGAAACAUGGAAGGUGCCUAAAGAAGCCAGGGUGGCUAUCUAAAGAACUUUUAACUGAGUUAAGAUUAAAAAAGGAUGUGUACAAAAAAUGGAAAAGGGGGGAAACCACCAAAGAGGAAUUCAAACAAAUAGCCAGCACGUGUAGACACAAAGUCAGAAAAGCUAAAGCACAGAAUGAACUCAGGCUUGCUAGAGAGGUUAAAAGCAACAAAAAAGGCUUUUAUGGGUAUGUUCAGUAGCAAAAGGAAGAACAAAGAAACAGUGGGGUCACUCAGAGGAGAAGAUGGUGAAAUGCAAACAGGGGACACAGAAAGGGCUGAACUCCUCAAUGCCUUCUUUGCCUCAGUCUUCUCCGAUAAAGAAAACAAUGCCCGACCUGAAGAAUUUGGAGCAAAUGAUUCAGCAGAGGAAACACAGCCCAGAAUAACUAAAGAGAUUGUACAAGAAUACUUGGCUAGUCUAGAUGUAUUCAAGUCUCCAGGGCCAGAUGAACUGCAUCCAAGAGUAUUAAAAGAACUGGCAGAUGUGAUCUCAGAACCACUGGCAGUCAUCUUUGAGAAUUCCUGGAGAACAGGCGAAGUCCCAGCAGACUGGAGGAGGGCAAAUGUUGUCCCUAUUUUCAAAAAGGGGAAAAGAGAGGACCCAAAUAAUUACUGCCCAGUCAGUCUGACAUUAAUACCAGGGAAGAUUCUGGAGCAGAUCAUUGAGCAAACAGUCUGUGAGCACCUAGAAAGGAAUGCUGUGAUCACCAAUAGUCAGCAUGGAUUUCUGAAAAAUAAGUCAUGUCAGACUAACCUGAUCUCGUUUUUUGACAGAAUUACAAGCCUGGUAGAUGAAGGGAAUGCAGUGGAUGUAGCCUACCUUGAUUUCAGCAAGGCAUUUGACAAGGUGCCCCAUGAUAUUCUUGUAAAGAAGCUGGUAAAAUGCGGUCUUGACUAUGCUACCACUCAGUGGAUUUGUAACUGGCUGACUGACCGAACCCAAAGGGUGCUCAUCAAUGGUUCCUCUUCAUCCUGGAGAAGAGUGACUAGUGGGGUGCCACAGGGUUCUGUCUUGGGCCCGGUCUUAUUCAACAUCUUUAUCAACGACUUGGAUGAUGGACUCAAGGGCAUCCUGAUCAAAUUUGCAGAUGACACCAAACUGGGAGGGGUGGCUAACACCCCAGAGGACAGGAUCACACUUCAAAACGACCUUGACAGAUUAGAGAACUGGGCCAAAACAAACAAGAUGAAUUUUAACAGGGAGAAAUGUAAAGUAUUGCACUUGGGCAAAAAAAUGAGAGGCACAAAUACAAGAUGGGUGACACCUGGCUUGAGAGCAGUACAUGUGAAAAGGAUCUAGGAGUCUUGGUUGACCACAAACUUGACAUGAGCCAACAGUGUGACGUGGCAGCUAAAAAGCCAAUGCAAUUCUGGGCUGCAUCAAUAGGAGUAUAGCAUCUAGAUCAAGGGAAGUAAUAGUGCCACUGUAUUCUGCUCUGGUCAGACCUCACCUGGAGUACUGUGUCCAGUUCUGGGCACCACAGUUCAAGAAGGACACUGACAAACUGGAACGUGUCCAGAGGAGGGCAACCAAAAUGGUCAAAGGCCUGGAAACGAUGCCUUAUGAGGAACGGCUAAGGGAGCUGGGCAUGUUUAGCCUGCAGAAGAGGAGGUUAAGGGGUGAUAUGAUAGCCAUGUUCAAAUAUAUAAAAGGAUGUCACAUAGAGGAGGGAGAAAGGUUGUUUUCUGCUGCUCCAGAGAAGUGGACACGGAGCAAUGGAUCCAAACUACAAGAAAGAAGAUUCCACCUAAACAUUAGGAAGAGCUUCCUGACAGUAAGAGCUGUUCGACAGUGGAAUUUGCUGCCAAGGAGUGUGGUGGAGUCUCCUUCUUUGGAGGUCUUUAAGCAGAGGCUUGACAACCAUAUGUCAGGAGUGCUCUGAUGGUGUUUCCUGCUUGGCAGGGGGUUGGACUCGAUGGCCCUUGUGGUCUCUUCCAACUCUAUGAUUCUAUGAUUCUAUGAUUCUAUACAGCUGCAAAUAGAACAUUUUAAGUCUGUUGUAAAGUGCAUUAUACAAAUGUGACACUAGAUGGCGAUGGCAAGCUAUGGCAAAUUCGAUACAUGUUUCAAAGCAUUUUUUUAAAAGGCAUUUUCAUAGCGUUUUUUAUAUGUGUCUAGAUUCCACCUAAGAUUCAUAUUCAGAGGAUAGAACAGGACUUAAAACACAACACAUCCCUUUAAGAAUGGAUCUUUUUAACCUUGAUUUUCAGGAAAGACCAGUCAGUUUCCUCCAACAAUGCAUCCCCAGAUGUCUCCAGAAACCAGACCACCCACUACCCAUUUCCCAAGGUCUCAUCUUGCGGAAGCAGUUGCAAAGGCCAAGGGUGGAGGUGGAGGCGGCGGUGGAGGUGGAGGAGGUGGCGGCGGCAGUGGAAGAGGUCUUGUGGGACAAGUCAUCCCAAUAUAUGGAUUUGGGAUCCUUUUAUACAUAUUGUACAUUCUUUUUAAGGUAAGAAAUACCACUUCACCCUUAAAGUUGCAUCAGUACAGUUUCUUAACCAGUGAGUCAUUGACCUAGUUCACAUGUCAUGGUAAAUCUAAGGGCUCUUUUGCUUCUCUCCACUAGUAUUGGGUGAAACGAAUACUUAGUUCAUAUGGUCACAUGCCGGAGGAGAAGAUCAAGAGCUUCUGUUUUGAAACUAACUGUAUUUACCUGUAAUGAUCAAACUUGUUAGUGGUUCUUUUGAAAACCAACCAAAAAACCCUCUACUUAGUGAGCAUAAACGAAAAGCAAACUGUGGUUUCUGAUCCUGAUAGAUUCAGCAACUAGAGUUUGAACAAAAUCGUAAUUCCUCAAGUUAGGACUUCAUAGGGAACUUUGGUUGGUUUAAAAUUGAAAGCGGAAGCUUUCAGACCUGGCAUGCAAAGGGGGAGUGUGGCGGUAGAGUGAGCCAUGGCUUGCCUCAACUCAUUUCAUAACUUUGGUUUCCUUUUAUGUUUUAGCUGAGGCUGUUAAUGUCUUUCUAGAAACACCUAUGUCUCUUCUGUCACAACAAUAACCCUUUCCAAUUAAUAGCUUUCUUCUAAGGGGAAAACCACAACAGUUGAGCGGAAAUGUCCUCCGUCGUCAUCUGGAAAUACAAACAGGAAAAUCAGUAAGUAGCAUUUCCAAGACUGAAUUGAAAUGGCAUCCAAAAUUGGCUCUCACUUGGAAAAUAAAUCUAGCAGCACGAUAGAUGAGGCAAUGUGAUUAUUAUUACUACUACAGUGGUGCCUCGCAAGACGAAAAGAAUCCAUUCUGGGAGUCUCUUCGUCUAACGGUUUUUUCGUCUUGCGAAGCAAGCCCAUUGACGGAUUAGCGGAUUAGCGCUAUUAGUGCUAUUAGCGGCUUUUAGCGGCUUUUAGCGGCUUUUAGCAGCUUAUCAGCUUAUCAGAUAAGCAGAUAAGCGGCUUAGCGACUUAGAAAAAGAGGAGGAAAAGGGAAAAAAAAACCCAGGAACUCGCAAGACAUUUUCAUCUUGCGAAGCAAGCCCAUAGCAGAUUCGUUUUGCGAGGCACCUCCAAAACGGAAAACUCUUUCGUCUAGCGAGUUUUCCGUCUUGCGAGGCAUUCGUCUUGCGGGGCACCACUGUACUAGUAGUGAGUGAUAGUCAGUGUUUGUCACACUGAGUAAACCCAUUGAAAUCAGUGGGAUGAAAUCCAUGGGGAGAAACUGGAUAUCACCCAUUGAGUUUGUUACUUUUGACACAGUUGGAUUUUGUGUGUAUGCAGAAGUAAAUCCCACUGUUGUUAAAUUGAGCUUACCCCACAUAAACUAUGCAUAGAGUUGCAGCCUUGAUCUCCUUCUUCGCAACAAAAAUAAUUGUUAGCUUUCCUUUUAUUCUGAACAUCCCUUAUGUCAUUAGACUGUGUGGUUUUCUGUGUCGUAGCCUUUCCUGUCUUGAGGCAUUUACAAUCAGCCAGUCACUCUGCAUGUAGCUGCUUAUGAGCAAUUGGGUGCAUUAUAUAUGCUUCUCCUAGCCUUAGGGAAAUUUUCUUUUUCCUUUCAUUCUGCCUGGGAAGAAUAAAAAGAUUAUUUUCAUUAGUUCUGUUUACCGGUAAAGCCCUCUUAGUCGCCUCUCAUGGUUCCCUCGGAACAAGUUCCAUUUUGUUUGCUGCACAUUCAGAACAAAUACAUGCUGAUUGAAUGGAGUGAAUUGUCAGAGCUGCCGCUGAUGCCUUCUGGGACCACAUUUAUUUUGCAGCUGACUAUGAGCUUGCCCAACUUCAAGAUAAGCUGAGAGAGACUGAAGAAGCCAUGGAGAAAUUAAUCAAUAGAGUGGGACCCAACUGUGAAAGGUAUGUGGCAGUGACUCUUGUUCCGGCAGAUUAAAAAGGGCGGGUUCUUUUUGUAUUUCUCUGUUCCCAAUAAAGCAAAUUAGAACAUUUCAAAUAAAAAUAUGCUGUCAAAUAAAAAACUGCAUCUCUUAAACAUCUUAUAAUUUGGAGGUACUUUUACUCAACUCUUUCCUCUUCCAGUUCUAUGUUAAACUAAAUUCAGCAUUUUGAAUUAAACUAAAAGAAAUAUGGAUGCACGUGAUUUCUGGUGUGGUGUUUCACUAGCUUUGUAGCUUCAUAAAUCCAUUAAACACAGAGGGUGAUACUCCUGUGUAGACCCAUUUAAAACAAUGGCUCUCCAAGUCCAUUCAUUUCAAUGGGCCUAAUCUGAAUAUGAUUUAGUUGGAUGUCACCCAGAGAUUGUAAAGAGAUGACGUCAACUCUGUUACAAUGUUCUGCAUAAAUGGAUUGAUGCCUUCUUAACCUCUAUAAAUUCCAUUAUGGAAUUUCAGAAGGAAUGCCAAUAUUUAUAACUUCCGGCAGUAUUCCAUUUGUUCACAGUAGAUGGGAAAUGAAAAAGAGGGUGGCUUGAUGGGUUAAGUAAGAAAAGAAAAAAUAUCCCAGAUCAGGCAAUAAAUAGGCACUUUUGUAUGGUCUAUAAUUAAGUUAUUUGUCUGAGUACUGUUUGUUUGAACUACCCUUACUACCUACUAGAUUAAGAAUAUUUAUAAAUGCAGAACUAAAGAUACUCACUCUUCGCAGUCUUUGCCAAGCUGAUGAGAAUGGCCUAUUUGCUACCCUUCACUACAGAUCAUAUUAAUCUGUAGCCUAUCUUCCAGCUGCCUGCUCAUCUGAUGGCAGAUCGCAAGGCUCUUUUUCUUAUGCUUGGCAUCCAAAAGCAUAGGUGCAUAUUUAUCCCAAAAUAAGUCCCACUGGAUUCAGCAGGUCUUGCUUUCAAGUAAGUGUGUUUAGUAUUGCCGCCUAAAGCUAAGUCUCCAAUCAGUUUGACACAAGAGACUGACCAAGGGGAAGGAUGUAGCUCAGUGGUAGAGCAUCUGCCUGGCAUGCAGAAGGUCACAGGUUCAGUCCCCAGCGUGUCUGGGUGAGAGAUUACAGUGUGAAAGUCUGGAGAGACCUGCUGCCAUCGCUAUAGACAAAACUGAAGGUAGAUGGACCAAUGGGCAUAAAAACAUUAUGCUCCUGGUCUGAUUCAGCAUAAGACAUCUUCCUGUGUUUUAGAAUGGAACGGUGGACCAUAAGCACACAUGCAGACAGGUUUCCUCUACUAUUUGAUUCUUCAUAGAUAAGGUUGCUGAAGUUAUCUAUGGAAAAUUCAGCUAAAACAGUGGAGUUCUGAGUGAAAUGGUACCGGUAAAACAUUUCAGAUGGCUUCUGUGUGGCAUACAGUGAACAGAACACAUGAAGGCAAAUUGUGAGCCACGCUGCACUGUGUUUGCCUCUUGCCAGUGUUGGAUGCCCUAGUUAGGAGCCUGGUCACUGAUAGAGAAACUAUAACAGUAAUAAAGUCUGGGAUUAGAGUUGCCAUUGGCCAUUAAACGUCACUCAAAGCAAAGCAGAUUUUUGAAGGAAUGUUGCUCAGGAGACCAGCAAUGUUUCUCUAGGCAAAGCAGUUCUGCAGAUUCCUAAACAAUCCAGCUUCGUAAGAUUCGCCCUUAGGCCAGAGCCACGACACUGUGUAUCUUUCCUUUUAUUUAGAGGCAUCUUACUUUGCUAGUCUUGCUGCUUUCUAAUGACAUGAUAUGGAAAGGCAUCGUCACAAUAUCUUGCUAUUCCUGUGAGGUAAAGUCUCUCUCAUUAGGCAACCCAGUACCCAUAGCAAAGACAAAGUGGCUUUGAUUUUUUUCCCUGCCUGUCUGGAGGUGACAGUCUUUCAAAAGGCACACGUUAGUUUGAUAACCGUCAGGGUUGUCAGAGGAGACACUAUCUUGAAAGCUGAAGAAAUUCAAUAGGGGUUCAAUUCCUGCUUAGGUAUGUUUACUUGGAGAAAAGUAGGUGGAGAAGGGAGGGAGACCCGCAAAAGCUAUGACAAAUGGAAAAAGAAAUAUAUUUCCUAGAGACUGAUGUGCCUCAUUAAGGGUCGUGUUGGUUCUAAAAAAUAAUGAGAGAAAAUCCCUACUGGUUUUUAAUAAAAGGACCAGAGGCCUUAUGCGUAAUUGUUUCAACCAAGUUGCUACUGUACUAUUCCUUUUACUGUUUUAAAGAUGAGACCUAGAAAACUCAGGGUGCUUCCAAACUACUGCUAAUUUUUUUUGAUGAUUUCAGUGAUAUACUGGCAAAUUUAGGUUUCAGACAAUUAAAGUCAAUCUGGCACUCUUUUGCAACAAACCUGCUCUCCCUCCAGGCCCAUUUUGCUGUAAGGAAAUAGUAAUAAAUAAUAAUAAUAAUAAUAAUAAUAAUAAUAAUAAUAAUAAUUUAUUUGCCCUUCAUCCAAAGAACUCAGGGAGGUUCACAAGAUAAAAUCAAAGAGAUAGCACAAAAUGAAUAGAUAAAACAAAACAGAACAAUAACCCCCUUCCUGCAAUCACAUUAAAAAGGCCAUAGAACAUUAAACAGCCAGAGGCCUGGUUGAAGAGGGAAUGCAUUGGAAAGUGUGGGGUAACAAUUGCUUGUUGCAUUGUCACAGAACCCGCGAGCAAUCAAAUGGGAAUAGAUGCUCCAUAGAGAGCCAAUGUUGUCUUGCCUCCCUGCAAAUUUUGUGCAAACCAAUUGGGAUGAUUGCUCCAUAACCGGCCAGCUGGAAGUGACCUCUCAACAGAUACAGAAGAACUAUUGGGUUGCAGAGUCCAGCUCACUUUGAUGCAUGCGUUUUAUUUAUUUGGUUAGAAUGCCGGUUGUGAGCUGACAGGAGCAGUCGUCUAAAAUACCUGGAGGGCACCAGGUUGAUAAAGGCUUUCACAAGCAAUAGGUUGGAUCUUUACAAAUUUGUAAGAUCAGAACCAGGCAUUCUCCCCCCCCCCCCCCGCCCCCUUCCAUAGCUGUCUGACGGCCCCUUUUCUUAACUUAGGAGAAAAAAUAUAAGUAAUUUGAAUGCUUUCCUCUUUCUGUGAUAUUUAAUCAGCAUGGGAUAAAAUGAUGAUAAAAAUUAUGAGCCACUUGAUCUUUCUCAAAUAGUUGAAAAUAACACAAAAGGUCACUGUUUCCAUCUAUUUCCUAGUCACUAAUACUGUUCAUCUAUUAUAUAUAUAAAGCUCUCUGUGUUAUUAUUGCGCAGCGGCAAGAAUUUAAAACAAAUGGCCAAAUGGUAUUUUGAUGGUCUUAGGGCAUGGUUUGGAAGCACCAAAGGCCCCCAACUUGCUGAAGCUAAGCAGGACUGGGAACCGCAUGUCUGGGUUGGGUUCCAUGGUGGAAGAAAGGUGGGAUAUAAAUAAAAUAAAAUAAAAUUUAAAAGAGAGAAAUAGGGAUUCAGACAAAGAUUUAAUCAGUUACUUCAUUUUUCUUUCUUUCUUUCUCCUUUUUUCCAGUUUCUUUGUUUUUUGAAAAAAUAAAGGGUUUUUUAAAAAAAAUUAUGAUUUUCAGGUUUAUACAUUUCACUAAUUUUACAAUCAUUUUAACAUUUCAAAACUUGACUUCCUUCCCCCUCUUUCUGUGGUUCCUUAAAUUUAUUUUUAAUAUCUUCUGCAUAUCCAAAUUAACUUAAUUUGCUCAUUAAUUCAUCUACUUUAAAUAUAUACUCUUAUAAAACUGAAGGUUUACACUUUAUCUGUAAAUAUUCAAUAAACCAUUUCCAUUCUUUUAUUAAAACAUUUGUUAUCAUGAUUUCUUAUUCUUCCGGUAAGUUUUGCCAUUUCUUCAUAUUCCAUAAGUUUUUGUAUCCAUUCUUCCUUCGCUGGGACUUCUGCUUCUCUCCAUUUUGGGGCAAGUAACAUUCUUGCCACUGUAGUAGUAUACAUCAAUACGUUUCUGUACUGUACAAUACGUUUCUAAGCUCUGGAGCCAAGUGAGGAUUCCCAGGUAAGAUCCUCCCUCUAUUGUGUGGGCAGGUAAUCCCUCCCCUACCUGGCCUGGUCUCCUUGGCAACGCUUCCCCCAGGUGGGAUUGGACAACUGACUGAGGUAGGCGGAGACCUCCAGGUAUCCCACCUGAGGGAAAGCAAACCAAGCCUAUGCUGUUGGAGCCGCUCCAGAUCUAGGGGCUGCGCGCGUCCACGCAAAGGGCGCCCCCCGUUUUAAGCGGAGAGCGGUCAUUCUGUACAGUUUAGGUAGUUCUGUCCCUAUAAUUCCCAAAAGAAAUCAGUUACUUCAGGUCAACAUGUGAAGUGUAGCCACCUGCUUUCUUGGUACCUUUUCUUCCCCAGCUCCCUUGCAUCUGUACACUUUCAUUUCACCCACAAAAGCUGUGAUGUUAGUUGGCAUUCCACAACUGUGCCUGAAGGCGGAGUGAUUUAAAUUAUUGAUUUAUAAAUUAUGUAAAUCAGCCAGAAAAAAUGCCAUUUUAAAUCACCAAUAGUAUCUCAUUGAUGCUACUUCAUUUAUUUUCUAAAUAAUGGUGUGAAUCAUAUUAAUUGGCAACAAAGUAGAAUAUUAUUUACACUGUUUCAAUCUUACAACUAGGUCUUUCAUCUCCUUGUAUGCUGUCCUUUUUAAAAAAACCUAUAGAGUGAAUGCCUUUAAAAUAAGGCCUUUUUAUGAUUCCCCGUGGCAGUUGGUGAGGUUAAGUAUGGGACUAUAUAGCAGUCUUUUUUAUUUGACAUUGGGAUACAGGUAUCUUAAUUGGCUUGCACGGUUGCUCUUUUCAUGCUUGUUCACUAGGACAGAGAACCAUUCCUCUAAAACUUAUUUGGAUAUUGCCAGUCAUGUCCAAUAGUAGGUCUGAGCUGUUGUCGUGGGGUUUUUUAAUGCCUGUUCCAUGUUGUUGUUUAGUCAUUUAGUCGUGUCCAACUCUUCGUGACCCCAUGGACCAGAGCACGCCAGGCACUCCUGUCUUCCACUGCCUCCCGCAGUUUGGUCAAACUCAUGUUCGUAGCUUCGAGAACACUAUCCAACCAUCUCGUCCUCUGUCGUCCCCUUCUCCUUGUGCCCUCCAUCAUUCCCAACAUCAGGGUCUUUUCCAGGGAGUCUUCUCUUCUCAUGAGGUGGCCAAAGUAUUGGAGCCUCAGCUUCAGGAUCUGUCCUUCCAGUGAGCACUCAGGGCUGAUUUCCUUAAGAAUGGAUGCAUUUGAUCUUCUUGCAGUCCAUGGGACUCUCAAGAGUCUCCUCCAGCACCAUAAUUCAAAAGCAUCCAUUCUGUUCCAUAGUCGGCCCCAAAACGUCACGACUGAUCAAGAGAAAAGGCUACUUCAGCAGCUCCGAGAAAUUACGAAGGUCAUGAAAGAAGGCAAACUCAUAGAUGGGAUCUCCCCAGAGAAAGAAGCUGAAGAGGCUCCGUAUAUGCAGGACUGGGAAGGUAAGGAAGACCUUUCUAUUUAUAUGAAGGAAGAAUGAAUGUGCUGCUGUUUGUUUUUGCUUUUCCUUUAAAAGAAAAGCUUAUCACAGGAAGCCAUUCAGUAUUCAAAGGCAUCUGAGCACCUGGCUCUCUCAACAAGAGAGAAUCCAUUGAUUGCUUAAGCAUCUCAGACUAGCCAGCUGAGGGCUUAUAGCACUAUGCUACAAAGCUGAGGGACAGGAGGGCUCCUUGGUAAUAUCUAGGGAUGGGGGGAGAAACUUUAUUCCUUUUGUAUUUAAAGGCAAACCUACCUGAUUUGCCCUUACCAAAACAAUACACGAACUGUAACAUCACUUCCUUUGACAUCCACACUUCUCUGAAUUUUGCAAUGGAGUUCUCUAGACAAGUAAAUGUGAACAAAAAUGCAUAUGCUAGGUAGGCUGCCACUUACAUAAAAAUGCAUAUAGUGGUGAACGUAACAUACAGAAAUGCGUAAUAUUUGUGGGGAACUGCUUUGCAAAAAAGUGUGUAUCGGGCAAAAUUCAAUACAAGAAAUGUGCAUGUUAGGAUAAUUUCGGACUCAAGGGCUGAUUUAAAUAAAUAAAUAAAUAAAAUCACAUACCGAUGGGAAAUUGUGGAGACCUGAAUUUAAGACUGGGAAAAUGAAAACUGAACGAAAUCAAAAUUGCCAUUUUCACACAUCCUGAGCUAACAUCUGAGGCAGUUGUUCAGAUUAAGAGUAGCUCCCCCAGUCUACAUAGGGAGGAAUACCGUGUCCUGAGUUGGGCAUCUUUAAAAAGAAUCUUAUUGCCACUCCACUGUCUUUCUGCAGAUGGAUCAGUAUCGUUCUUUUUAUCUCUACCAGUCUGUGCUUCAUUUGGUGGUGCACAGGUGAAAGGCAGGUGGUUUCUACCGUGGAGGUAGAAGCAGGUGGUUUUUGUGACCCACCAACUCUCUUACAGGAAUUGAUCCAGGGGUUGAGAGAAGCUGCUCAGAUUUGACCUCUGUUAAUAGCUGUGUUGGUGAAGCACAGUUAAUGGCAGGGAGAGGGGAUUUGCUCUAGGAAGGCAGUGUGCAAUCGAAGAACUAAAUCCCAAUUUGUUAAUCCUGGUUAGCAAGGAGCCAUUAGUAUGUCUAGACCAGUCCCGUAUGGAUGCAGGACAGAUCUCAUUCUAAAACACAUAAGCAAUUGAUGACAUUUCAGCCACUAGAUGAUCUCUUCUGGCUGCAACCUCAAAUCAAGCACACUGAUUUGAAAGUGCCACUGAAAUCAGUGUCACUUCCUACAGGAAUUCAGGUGUUUGUAUGGCUGAACAGAUCCAGUAAUAUCAUGAGCAAGGUGCCUGGCAUGAUUGUUCCAUCUAAGACGAGUUUAUUUUAUGUCCUAAGGUUAUCCAGAGGAGACCUAUCCUGUCUAUGAUAACUCUGAUUGCGUCAAGCGCAGACAGGACACAAUCCUUGUGGAUUACCCUGACCCCACCCAGCCUUCAGCUGAAGAGAUAGCAGAGAGAAUGGCGUUUGUGGACGAUGAGGAGUGUUUAUGUAGUGAAACCGUUUUGUCUGCUCUCGCUAUAGUGAACAGUGACCCUGCAGCAGCCUACGAGACGGAGGGCCAGCACGCCACGCUCAGCGACCAGAGUGGCGCUGGCCAUGACCCUGAGAAGUGCUACUGCUGCCACUUCGAAGAGGACGACCCUGCUGUGAUAGCGGAGAACGAGGGCUUCUACCCCGAAAGCUGCGGUGAAAUGGAAGAUGCCACGGCCCAGGAGGAGCUGCUGCUAAAUUCCAACCUCGAAAAUGCAGAUCCCCAAGAGCAGAACGAGGGAAGUCCAGAUGAAAUGGGCAUUCUGAGGAAGCGAAACACGAAGGGCAUAGCGUUGCUGGGACACUGAGGAUCAAACGCGGAAGGCUAUCUCCCCUUCUAGAAACUGGGCUAAACUGCUGCUUGCAAGACAAAGGCUUGUCUCCGUUGUUGCGUACCCAGCUGCUGCAUCUCUUUUGCAUUUGCUGCUUAUUUGGAUGGAAAAUGAGUAGCCCCCCACUAGUUCAUCAGCCUGGCCACUUCAGCAUCAACUGCCUUGGAAUCAUAGAAUCAUCGUUGGAAAGGACCCCAAGGAUCAUCUAGUCCAACCCCCCGCAAUGCAGUUAACUCAACCAAAGCAACCAUUACAGAUGGCCUCCAACCUCUGCUUUAGAGCCUCCAAGGAAGGAGAGUCUGCUGAGAGAGUCCAUCCUACUGUUGAACAGCUCUCACCGCCAGAAAGUUCUUAGUCGAAAUCUCCUUUCUAGUAACUUGAAGCCAUUGGUUCGGGUCCUACCCUCCAGAGCAGGGGAAAACAAGCUUGCUCCAUCUUCCGUGUGACAGCCCUUUAGAUAUUUGAAGAUGGCUAUCAUGCGUAUCUCCUCUUAUUCAAGCUAAGCAUACCCGACUCCCUCAAUUGUUCCUCAGAAGGCUUGGUUUCCAGUCCUUUGCUUGCUAUAGCCUCCCAAGGCGUCUAAAUCAAGAUAGCUUCCCAUUGUGCCUUCUUUCAGCCUCUCCUCCUGUAUAAAGUAAUCCAGUAGGGAAUUUUCCCACUGUACUUCUAACACCUUCACCAAUGUUAACCACUCGUCAGGUUGAGGCAGCCUGUUUUAGAUACCCUUAAAAGGAUAGCAGAUAAUCAGUUUUUAUAUUUGAUUAUCAUAUUUGAUUUGCGUAAAGUAGUUGGCGUUUUAUUUUAUUUUUUGCCUCUGUCUUGGGUGGUCUCUUGUUGCAGACCAAAAUCCUUCAUGCUCUUGUAAUGAGGAAAUCAUAAGGUGAAAGGGGUGUCUUAAUGUCAUUCCUUACGUGCAAGUGUUAGUUGAUUUUCUUGGCUGAUAAGCACAAGGAAUUUCUGGGAAAUUUAGGGGCAAAUCUUAAUACCGCCCACUGCCUAGCAGGACUCAGUGGAGAUAGGGGGCCAGUGGGGGAGGCAAGCAGAUGGCUGUGCCAGCCUGGAGCUGGCACAGUGAUGAGGCACUGAUCUGGCAUGAUGCUGCUAUCUGACAAACAUGGUGCCAGCUCUGGUUCCAACUGAUCCCAGGCUGGCCCAGCCCCUUUGCCCCUGGAAUGCCCCAUUGCAGAGCCUUCCACUGGCUGUUGCUGCUGGGGAUUCCACCAGUGGCACUUCUGCCUGCCAAGAUCUUUGGCAGUCAGAAGGGUGGUGUCUGUAUUGAUGGAGUGAUGCUUGCAACCAAGUUGGCAGAGACAGGUGGGAGGCUUACUUAAGUGAUAGAGGUGGGUGGAGGGACGCUUCUGCCCAAUCCAACCCUUCCCCCCAGCCUGGCGCAAGGGUGUGUGGGUGUGUGCCAAAUUAUCUCUUUUUUGUUGUAUCAACAAAGAACAGGGUUUCCUUUUGUAGGUCACUUGUGGAAUGAGCAAUCCAUUUCACCUCGCCUGUGGCUCAAGAUGGCAGCCCUUCCUGUGGCUCAAGGCUAACUUACCACAUGAUUCCACAUGAACUUCAAGGCCAACUUUUUCAAAAUGCACUCACAGUUAAAGUGUGCAACCAAAACACAAGGGCAUGAUUUUUGGAGGAGAGCAAAACAGAUGACCAAUAUGCGUCAUUUGACAGAUGAAUUAACAGCAUCUUCAGAAAACCUGCUUCACUUGCCCAAUGAAAUCGCAGAAAGAAAGGGAUUUCCAGGGAUCAAAGCAAAGAGAUGAAGAUGCCAAGCGGCAUAACACUCCUUCUCUAAGGCCUAAAAGUACAUGAGUAGUUUGUCUCCCUAUUUUUCUUUUUCUACUAAAGGUUUUAUAAUUUCUUUUAAUGUUGCAAUUAUUUAUGAAAGCACUAUUUAUUUAUUCAUUUAUGCAAGUAUUUAUAUAGCUAAAUAUCACAACAAUCUGAAUACAAUAAAACACAACUAUAAGCUGUACAAAAUAACCACUUAAAUGACUGGUCAAUCGAUAACACUUAAAAAAAAACAAUGGGGAAAAACCCUGCAUAUGCUUGUUGGCAUACAGGGGUUGUUUUGAGGGCUCUUUUUCCUUACAAGAAUUUGGGUUUAGAAGAGAUGCUGAAAGCAUAAGAAGGAUCACUUUCUCCCAUGUCAGCUUUUCAUAGCGCAAUCCCAUGCAGGUUUACUGAGAAGCAGCAGUGGCUUGAAGGAAGUGGGAAGGGGGCACAGUGGUGGCACUGCAGUCAUUGGGAUGAGGCAGGACAAGGUGGUGAUGGGGCUGGGGAGUUCCAGCGGGGCACAGUUGCACAUAUACUUAAGGGGCCAUUGCCACUAACCUUGUCAUGGUCACCCUGCUUCAUCCCAGUGAGUUCACUGCUGCCAAGAGUAGACCACUCCCUUGGCCUACUCGCCUGCAAUGGACCACUGCUCAGCUCCAGGGUUUGCUCCCAGGAAAUUGUGGUUAGUAUUGUAGGCAAUCGGGUGCAGUCCUGUGUAUUGUCUGCUCAGGAGUAAGUGCCAGUGAAUUGAGUGAGACUCAACUCCGAAGAAAUGUGUAUAGGAUUGUGGCCUUAGAGUGGAAUUCCGUGUUGUGCUUUUACAACCAUCUGUGCAAGCACAUCAGCUUAUAAGAAGGAGUGAUCUCUUCCUCCUUCCCCAUGAGCUGUUCUGGGGAUUCCCACAAGAAGCCAGUUUCAGGGAGUGCAGGGGAAGGAAAGGGGAGAAGGCCCAGUUGUGCAAGUGAAAGUUCAUUAGAUGAAUCCUGUCCCAUGUAUGUAACAUAGUAGGCAGACCGUCCAUUGAAACAUCAUGCAGAUGUAGCUAUCCAGUAGAUUGCUAGGAACUUCUCGAGAAGGUGACUCCAUAGAGCCAUUAUUGCUAAUUCAAAGUGUGGUUGUAUUGUAGGGUACAUGGAGAACGUCAACAGCUGCACUUAUAAAAUGGGAGGGAUGUAGGGAGGGUUAAUUUUGGUUGGGUUUUCAUUGCUGCCUACCUAUUCUGCAGCAGGAAAGAUUUAUGUGUAUGUUGUCUUACGUUUGUGGCUUCUGCUGCUAGAAAGCCUGCCUUUUGGCAACUGUCCUGCUUAAAUAACUAGGGGCUGAAAUGUCAGAUAUGCCUGGCCAGCAGAAAUGCUUCUGUAUUAUAAGUUUCUGUUCCAGGAAUAAGGGACUUUGGUCAUUCCAGUUCUCCAUGCCUUUAGCAAAGAUCUGCUUUAGCGAAGUUGAUAAUCAGUUCAGCACCAUUUCGUGGCCCAUGUUGGACAUUACAGAAACCUGCUUUGAAAAUAGUUUGCAGCACUAAGUGAAUGGAAAAUACCAGAGGAAAUUUUGUAAGCAUAUUUCUCUUUUGCAUCCAUAUUUAUUUUUAAAUUUGUUUAUCUGUCUGAGUAAAAUGAGGAACAACAUUCCAGUAAAGAUUUCGUGUGUGCGUCAUGUGUGUGUUCUCUGGAACAAGCAAUGUGACUUUCAAAAAGAAUGGCAGACAGUUGCGUUUCCCAUUUUCAGGCUGAGUGAGAAAAGACCAUUCUGCUUACCGUGAAUGGAAUUUCUGGAUUUCAUAGAAACUGCUACCAUAGAGGGGGCUAUGCUCCCUUUCCAGCAGCCAAUUGGCAACGUUGCAAGUUCAAAACAGGUAACUAGGAAAUACAUACUUGGCUCUACCCUGCCCUGAAGGGAAUCAGUUUUUUUUAAAUGCCAAGCCCCAAAGUGGAGACAGCUACUAAAACUACAUUACUAUAGAACAAUGAGUAAACUAACCUUUGCUUGAAACGGAGGCUCACUGGCAGAGGGAAGAACAGAAUAACUUUACAGAGGAUCGGUAGAAUUUGUUCUGGGUAGUUCAGAGGCAGCCAGAUUAAGCCCAGGUGGGGCUGGUGGCUGUUUCUACAAGAUCCAGAAAUCCCAUUCGUGAUAUGUAGAACGGUCUUCUCUUGAGAUUUCCUGGUAGGAGCUGCCACCAUAGAGACGUACCAGAGCUUACAGACCCUUUAAGGGUGGGAUCAGUGUGUUGCUGCUACUGAGAACUGUAGCGUUCUCCUACCAAAGGCUGCCUCAGCCGAGGUGGAUGGAGGGGUGCUCUACAUGUUUUGUGUAGGGCAGCACUGAUCCUGAUCAGAGGAGUCAGGUUAUGAGAUGGGUAUGCCAGUGAGAUGCAACCUCUUAGCCAUCAAACCAGGGUGGCGGACGUGGCUUUCUUACCAAGAGAGAGUGGAUGAAAGCAGAUGGACAGAGAGAACAUUUGAUGACUAGAUCUUCAGUGGUCUGUGGACAUCCUGGAAAGACAGCACUACCCCUUCUUUGGUGGCAGUUACUACCAGGAGAUCCAGAGAAUGUGGUUCCACCUUUUCUUUCUGGAUUUUGAACAGCCACCUUUCUUGCAGAAAUUUCACAGUCGAAUCCUUCCUUGGAAUGCAGUCGUAGUGAAAUUCAGCUGAGAAAGUUUUCAUAUCUGUCCAAUGCACAGAUGUCCCAUGGGCCAGGAAGGGGAAAGCAGUUAUGGUGAGAAGAGACAGCAAUCUUGGAGCCACAUGGUAAAUGAGUAAGGACCACGUAUUUAAGAAAAGCAUGUUUUUUGGAGGGAAGGCACAAUUCUUUGAAACAAAUUCAAGUUUAAUUUUUUUUCUGCACAAGUUUUCUGUAUUGACAUGUACUGUACUCUCUACAACAGACACAAUGUAAUUAUGUGAAAAUACCAAAUUAGUUGUACACAUACUGAUAAAUAAAUACAUUUGCUUCAGAAUACCAAAGUGUUUUUUAAAAAUUGACUUCAUAAAAGCACAUUUCCCCCCUCAGAUUUAUCUAAAACUCCAUAUAGUUUGAAACGAACGAACAAAAGAAUGCCUGACUGCUCCAACAGGACAAGACAGUCUUGUGCAAAUGGACAGAACACAUUCUAAGCAUUAUGCAAAAAUAUGACUAAUUAAAUAUUUGUUCGGUCCUAAUUCCUCUUAGCCCACUCCCACCCAUGUUUUGUUUAAAACCCAAAGACAAUUUAAAACAAAUUGAGACAGGAACAUUGUCAAAUUCUACUAGAAUGAUCAUUGGUUUGUUUUAAGAAAGGCACAGUGAUGAAUUAGAAAAUGUUAGCCAUGGGAGACAACACUGCUAGCAAACCUUGUUCACCUAGCAUCUCCAGUUUUCUGCUUUUUUACAAUUAAAAAGUCAGCUGGGUUUUAAAACGCAUCUUUGAUGAAACAGAACAUCUGGGCUUAAUCCUACAAAUACGUAUGCCUGGCUCUCUAUAUUAUACUCGAGCAACCACCUGGUUAGUUACAGGACAGAUCCUUCAGAAUAACAUCACACAAUUCUGUCUCUAGUUUGGUUCUCAUUUAUGGGUUUUUUUCACAAUUCAGGCUCACAUAUUCUUCGCUGGCCAAAGGACAGCAGUGAUCCGGCUGUCUGAAAAACUGUUAAGGUACAACUUUCAGUGACACAACUUCCUGGGACAUCCUUGUUUUGUCCUUACAAUUACAUUUUAAUAAGCCUUUCACAGAAACCAGAAUGGCAAAAUCUGAUUUUUGCAAACUGCACUGGGGUUUUUUCCCCAUUAGGGUUGAUCUCAUUCUAAAAUAUAGGGCCCAUGCAUUGAGAGAGAGUGAGUUAGAAUUACUCAUGGGAAACUGAGGCUGUCAGUGACAUUUUUUAAAACUGAAGGAAGUUCAAAGUAAGUAAAGUGGAAAGAUAUUGAAAUGCUUUUUGCCAUAUUCUUUAUAAGAACCGCCCCGCCCCCCAACACUGGCUGGAUGAUUCUACAAAGAAGUUAGUGGGAGGCUGGGGUCCACACAUUUUGGCUGGCCUUGGUCACCAGUUGACAAUUGUGCUUGCCACUGACUCUUCCCUUCUCUCUGAACAGGGACAGCCAGUGUUUGCUGUAGAGGCCAGACCCCUGUCCUGCAGGGGCUCAUCCCAGCCAUGCUGAGCCUCAGAGAAGCUUGAUAAGCUGCAAUACAGCUUGCUGCUUUCCAAGCAAAAUCCAAGAGAGUCUUUGGCCAGGUCCCCGCUCUGGAGAAGGCAGAGAAUAUCACCAGAUUUAAAGUUGGAAAGUCACCAGGCUUGAUUGUGGAUCCCGAGCUGGAGGUAAAACUCAGGGCUGGCUUCACCCCCUUGGCAUUAAUGGGCAACUGUCAGGACACCUGAUCCCAAGCAGGACCCACUGCUGGUGCCUGCCCUGGACCACACUUUUUGUUGUUUUCUGGUCCAGAGCUCCAACCUGCACCACACAGGUGGGUCACCAUUUAAUUCCUCCAUGCCUCCAAUAUAAGCAUUGGUUGGGGGCACAAUACCAACAGCAGCUAGAUCCAGCAUAUCAGAGUGCUGCUGAUGCCCUCAGGUGCCACCAAGUAAUCACACAAAAAACGAGGAAUUCCAGGCCCUCUCAAACCUACAGCUUGCCCUGGUAGAAAAGUUAAGGUGAUGUUUCUCCCAUGAGUCCUAAUUUAGAUGUGACCUGUGCUGCAGGUAGAUUUUUCAUGGAUUAACUUCCAGCCAGUCUCUCCUAAAUGCCCAAGUAAGGACAGAACUAGAAAGGUUGGUGGGAGAUCAAUGAUCUGAUCUGAUUAGCUGCUGAAGACAUCUUACCAAGUCCUUUUCCUGUGCAAACAUAAAUCUUUAGAUAUUGUCACAGGACUGUUUGUGUUGAUGGAGGGGCCUAACUGAGCAAACACUAUAGCAGCCUCCUUAUUCUUUCACAAUAUCAGAAAGCAGUCCUUAGUGUUAAAGGUUUUGAAUUUGGCUAAGUAUAUAUAAUGCAUAUUACAAUGGAUAAAUAUUUGGCCCUAGCCCUCCAAACAUUUGUGUUUCUUUUAUUUCAUACCAAAUAACCACCAAAAUUACAUUUUGUUGUACAGCCUCAAGGCACACCCAUGUAACCCAAAUCUCUUUGCAAGUUGUUUUAGGGACAGAGAAUGCACUCCGCCACUUAGUGUUCUGCAUUUGUCCAGAGUCUUUGAGCUUUCCAGCUUUUAAAAUGCUUGCCUUGCAGGACUUUUUCCUGCACCACAUUACUGCAUUACCUAAAAUAGUGGCACUUUUAUUUAUACGUUGGUAUCGCAGAAGUUUCAAAUGCUGCUUUCAAAAGAAAUCCAAUGUACAUUUCAUGCUGGCAGCCAAUGCUUUCAAAUGGCGGGGAAAUAACCCGGGAGGUCAACAAAUGCUUUUUCCCCAAGGCUGUGUGUUUACAAAAAUGAAACAACCACAACCAAAGUUAUUUCUUGACUGUUUGGAAAUAUCUCUAGAUAACUCAACCAAUCAUGCAAUCUUCCAAAUUUGGGGGCAGGGGGGCUUGACUGAUUUAUCUGUUUGCCAUUGCACACGGCUUUUUGUUCUUUGCCCAUUCAUGCUUUCACUAAAGCUGCCUAGGUAUCAAAAUGUAGCAAAUCAUAAAGUGUCUCAUGAAUAAGGCACAUUAAACAGGCGGGAUGGUGGGUUUUGCUGUUUUGGGAUGCAAUGAAACAGGCUGGCGUAAAAUCCAGGACAGUAUAGGGCAUACCUGCACUACAAACUGGUACCUGCUUUCUACAGCCAUGGCUUCUGUCUAAAGCAUUCUGGUAACAAACAUGUUAGAGGGUUAGUUUUCAAACUUCUGCUUUUAGAAACCCUUUCCAUAUACGCAUCUGCUGACAAACCUCUACAUAUCUGCAAUAAAAGCCACACUAUCCUUGUGUGCUGCAGAGAGAUGAGCUAUUUUGUUGCCGGGUCACUGAAGCUCGUGUCAGCAGACCCCUCUGAAGAGCUUCACCAGGUGGCUACUUGAGGAUGCAACCGAGGAUGCCAAGUAGACCUUCACCGCCUACGCCAUCUUAUAGUACGUAUCAUUAUGUGCACUAAGUUGUGUUCACUCAACUUCUUGUGCCAGGUCUUGUGCCACUCAUGCUCUAGACAUCAUUUGGCCUGUUUCAUUGCCAUCAGUGACUCAAGGGCCUCAACUGGAUGGCCAGCUCUAGCCACUGGGAAAUCCCACCCCCACUAGAGCACACAGGCAGGCAUCCAUUGGAUAAAAUUAGUUUCUGGGGGCAGACUACCCAAAGGGGUCACCCUCUCCUGCAGGGAGGAAUUGCUGUUGCAAAGCUUAAUUGAGCAGAAGUGUGGUUCUUUUUAGCAAGUUAUCCAUAAAUUUAAAAGGUGCUCUUGAUAAACUGGACAGAAGAUUUAAAAUAUAAGUAUAUGCUUUUGUGGUAUUUUUAUGCAUUGCGAUUCGCUGUUAUUUUUAUUGAUUAUAGAUUAGUAAUUAUUGUAAUUGAUAAGUGUAAACUGAUUAAUUAUUAUUUGCUGCUGUUUAAUUUUACUGUUUACUAUUAGAUCUUAAUGGCUUAUCCAAUAUUGCUUUAUUUGAUAUAAGUUGUUUGUUUUAAGGUUACUGUGACAUUUUUUAUAUCGGAUCAGAUUGUUAUUAUUAAUGUUUGGUGUUUUAUUGUAUUUUUAUAUGUUUUUGAAGCCACCCAGAGUGGCUGGGGCAACCCAGACAGCUGGGCAGGGUAUAAAUUAAAAAAUAUUAUUAUUAUAUUAUUAUUAUUAAAAAUGCAGAUUGCAAGCAUCAUCUUAAGAGACACUUCGCAUUUACUUCCGAUUCCACAGAAUGCUGCUUCUAAAGAAGACUGUGACAAGUUCAACCAGGAGGGGUUGGAGAAGGAAUUAUAGCAGAAAAGGAGGUGAACUUUUAUUUCUUUAUCCCCACCCCCUACAGGAGCCCACCUACAGCCUAAGGCUUGGGUGCCCACAGGGACAGGGAUGUGCAUAAAAGUGAACUAUGGAAUCUAUUUUCCUUUGCUAACAAAGAUGACUGCUUUAGUUUGUAACGCUGUGUGCACCUAUUUGGCCAUCGAACCAAGUGGGAAUGAACCUUUCAGUAAGUGUGCCUAGGAUCUGUGUACAGGGCAACCUAAUUCUCGAAUGGACUAUCAAAUAUGUUGGACCUUCUGCAGUUUUUACUCUGUCGGAAUAAUGCAAGUCAACUGAACUGACAGGGACCUGUUUCUGUGUAAACAUGGUUAGGUUUGUAUUAUGUAAGUGCCUUCAACUAGUGCCUCUUUUCUUUUGGAGGUGAUUGAAACCGGACACAACCCAGUAGCCUCUAAGUCAGAUUUGUAGAAGAAAACCAACUACGGCAAGAGUGGCAUCCCAUGCUUGCCUGCUCCUUAGUAUAUUUAGGGUGGCAGCCUCUGGAUAGGCAAGCAGUUGCAGCGUAACCUUUAAUAAUGACAGCCCUAGGAGCAAUAUAGGUGGGACAGAAAUAGAAUAUACUUUCUAGAGUGUUUUAUAAGUCGGCUUUAGUUUAUUUGCCUUUCAUUUUCAUUCUGCAUGAGCGACAGAACCUUGCUCACCCUAAUCCUUUAUUUCUCUGGCAUUUACACAACAAUCACCUUGAUAUUUCUCUGCUGCUAGAAUAAUGCCAUUUCUAAGAAUAACACUGUGCGGAGAACAGGUAUGUUCUUAUAUGGCCAGGAUAUUGCAUUUUCUCCAUAUUCAGAGGAUUGCAUUUGUGUCUUGGAUGCUGCUGUUCACCAGCUACAUGCGUGAAAUAUGGGUUUUGUUGUGGCCUUAGGUGCUUUUGUUAGAAAAGCAGUCAGUCAGUAUUCAAAAACAAAUACCGUAUUUUUUGCUCUAUAGGACGCAUUUUCCCCCUCCAAAAAUUAAGGGGAAAUGUGUGUGCGUCCUAUGGAGCAAAUGCAGGCGGCUCCUUGGCUUCAGC